AUGUACCUUCCUCUUUUCAUAAGUGGUUUUAUUAUCGGGGUAUCUGGAAUUUUUUUUUAUAGAAAACGUGUCGAGCGUGAUGAAAAAGUUAAAAAAACGAGAUAUUUACAAAAGAAAUAUAAAUCUACUACAUUUAUAUACCCAUCUGUAUAUCAAACAAUAAUACUACUAGAAUCAAAUGAAAUAUUUAAAAAAAUGUAUAUAAUAUUAACUCUUAAGAAAAAUUUUUGUCUGUCACAAUUAUUAUUUAGUGAACAGAAAGAGUUUGUGAUACUAAAAGGAUAUUUAAAGAAGAAGAUACCAAACUUUUAUAUAAAUAAUAUAAAACUGGGAAAUAUACACUUUGGCAGUCAAUUUUGUACAAAAAGUCCUAAUAUAAGGAAUUAUUCAUGUUUCGGAACGAUUACAAAAAAAAUUGAAGAAUUUUGUUACAAAUACGAUUUUGCGCAUUUUUACGGGUCCUAUUGGCCAACAGAUAAAAAGUUGAUUAAUUUAUCACAAAUCGGAGAUACUACUAUUUUUUUGCAAUGUAAUAUUAGGCUAUUAGAUGAUAAAAGUUUUAUUGAAGAUUUUUUCUCAUGUUUUACUGACAUACAAGAUGAGACAUCUAAAAGAUUAGAAUUAGAAAAAAAUAAACUAAGGGAAUAUAUUGAGAAAUCUAGAGAAUAUGAAAAAAAAGACUUCGUUGAAAAACUUUUAGAUGAUAUCAAUAAAAAUGCAAAUAAGGAUGUUAUAUUGAAGAAAAAAGGUAAGAAGAAAAGUAAAAAGUAA